AUGGCAGCGCUAGAGGCGGCGGAGGCAGCGCUAGAGGCUGCGAAGGCCGCGCUGGGGCGGCGGCAGGAGCAGCAGGAGGAAGAAGAGGAGGAAAACCACAACCAUGACCAUGAAGGCGGCGGCGAGCCGGCGGCGUUCAAUGGUUUGGUGGUCUCUGAAAACAUGAAAGGCAACAACGCUGAUGUGAAAAUUCCCAAGUCAGAAUUGGAAGCUGAAGACAGAGGAGCAGAGGAAGAGCGCCCAAGGGAAUCUGAUAGCAACAUUUUGGAUCUAUCAUCUGAUUACCCCCGAGACAAACAUAUUUCAAUUCAGAGACACCUUGCUGAUCUAGAGAAAUUGGCUGACCUGAGAGAAGAUGAAAGGAAGCCUUGUCCAUUGUGUCCUGAGGAGAAAUUCAAAGCUUGCUAUAGCCACAAACUCCAUCGUCACUUGCAGAAUUUGCACUGGAAGGUGUCUGUUGAAUUUGAAGGGUACAGAAUGUGCAUCUGUCACUUACCCUGUCGGCCAGUAAAACCCAACCUUGUUGGAGACCAGACAUUGUCAAAGAUGGGAGCUCAUUACCACUGUAUCAUCUGCUCAGCAACAAUAGUACGAAGAACUGACAUGAUCGGUCACAUUAAUCGUCACGUGAAUAAAGGAGAGUCUGAGUCCAGGUUUAUCACAGUUGGUGCUCCGAAAUCAUCUUAUGAAGUGGUGAAGGAGUCAGCCACAGAUGUGCAGGUUCUUCCCAACCACUCCACACCCCAAAAAACAGAUUCCUAUUUUAAUCCUAAAAUGAAGCUCAACAGGCAGUUGAUAUUCUGUGCACUGGCUGUGCUUGCUGGGGAGCGCAAACCCAUUGAAUGUUUGGAUGCUUUUGGUGCCACUGGAAUCAUGGGAUUGCAGUGGGCAAAGCAUCUUAGUAGUUCUGUGAAAGUUACAAUUAAUGAUUGUAAUGAAAAUUCUGUGACAAUGAUUAAGGAAAAUUGUCAUUUAAACAAAAUGAAGGUGAAACUGAACAUUAAGGAAGAAGACGAUGGUGAAACUGUGGGAAAUGGAGAAGAAAACAGUGACACCAUUGAGGUGACAAAAAUGGAUGCCAAUGUUGUCAUGCAUUUGAGAUCAUUUGAUUUUAUCCAUUUGGACCCCUUUGGAACUGCUGUGAAUUACCUGGACUCUGCCUUUAGAAACGUGAGAAACCUUGGGAUUGUGUCACUGACAUCCACAGACAUCAGCUCCCUCUAUGCCAAGGCUCAGCACGUGGCCCUGCGUCACUAUGGCUGCAAUAUUGUCAGAACAGAGUACUACAAGGAGCUGGCAGCCAGGGCUGUAAUUGCUGCUGUCACCAGAGCUGCAGCUCGCUGUAACAAAGGCAUUGAAGUGCUGCUGGCAGUGGCUCUGGAACACUUUGUUCUGGUGGUGGUCAGGGUUUUACGGGGUCCAACCCCUGCGGAUGACUCGGCAAAGAAGGUCCGAUACCUCAUCCACUGCCAGUGGUGUGAAGAGAGGGUUUUCCAGAAAGAGGGCAAUAUGGUGGAAGAAAACCCUUACCAGCAGCUGCCCUGUGACUGCCAUGGCAGCAUGCCUGGGAAGACAGCAGUGCUUCUUGGUCCUCUCUGGUCAGGAGCUCUCUUUAACACUGGAUUCCUCAGGAGGAUGCUCCUGGAGGCUGUGCAGUAUGGCUUGGAUGAAGCUCAGCCACUUCUGAAGACAUUAGUUUGUGAAGCAGAAUGCACAGCUCCCAAACAUUUUCUUACCCACAGUCCUGGUGACGAGAACAAACAAGAAGAGUGUGGCGUAUAUAUUAGAACACCAAGUACUUUUGCAGAAUCCUACUUAGUACAUGGCAAGAGGAAAAGUGAGGAGGUGCUGCGCGGCACGGCGAAGCGGCAGCGGGCCGAGCACAGCGCCGAGCACCCCCCGUUCUACUACAACAUCCACCGGCACAGCAUCAAGGGCAUGAACAUGCCAAAGUUAAAUAAGUUCCUGAAUUAUCUGUCAGAGGCCGGAUACCGCGUGAGCCGAACCCACUUCGACCCCAUGGGAGUCCGCACCAAUGCGCCCCUGGCACAGUUCAAGACUGUUCUCAUGAAGUACAGCACUCCUACCUACGUGGGGGCACAGGCAGAGGGCCCUGUGCAUCUCCCUGGAGAGAUCCAGGUGGGAGAAGAGGUUCCACCUGCUGCAGUGAUCAAGGUGGAGGAGGCUGAGUUAGCGGAAGAUGAUAAAUCAGCUACUGCAGUGAUCAAGGUGGAGAAGGCCGAGUUAGCGGAAGAUGAUAAAUCUGCAGUCGCCGCCGCCGUGUUCACAGAGUCCUACCCCACUCACUGUGCUGCUGAAUAAUGCAGAUGGGUUUGUUCAUCAGGAUGUUACAGACUUCCAGCACGCCCUAUUCCAGUAAGCCACUCCUUCCUCCCAAGCUGGAGUUUGACCGUUUUGAGCUGCCUGUUGUACUUGGAAGGGACAGUUUAGACUUAGGUAACAGAACUUAGCCCUGAUCCCAGCAUGGCUGUGGUCACAGAACCAGCUCUGUGGCAUGGCUGUGGAGUUACCUGCUUUUAUGAUCACCUCCUUUUCACACUGAGGCAUGGAGGCUGCUUCCCAGUCUGUCCAAGCCUUACUGCCAGCACUGCAUCCAGGAGGGGGGACAGGGCCGACAGUGUUUAGCAUUUUGGAAUAUGACAUCAUUGUGAAACAGCCUGUUCCUAAAAUGCAUCAUUCCUAAAACCUAGCCAGCUAUGAUCUAGAGAGAGGGCAUGUUAAGGUAAGAAAAUAGCACAGGAUAAAAUGCCCUCUGAGUUAAAGCCAGGCAGUCCUGCCUGGGUGCAGUUGUUGCUCCAGGUUGCACAUGUAACUCUGCAUUCAGGUCUGUUUCCAGGGUUCUGCAUCCAGGCAGGAGCUGAUCCCAGGAGAACAGGAAGGAGCGGUGACACAGCUGCUAGCGAACUUCAGUUUGUACCCGAAUCGUAGUGAAUUGUGUAGUCACUCUAGGUAGUUGUCUGAUCAGAGCUUACAUUGGUUGUGUGCUGCAGAAAGGUACAGGGACAAGGGACCACAGUGGACCUUCAGAUGAAGUUUGUGGUGAGUUGUCAAUAGUAACUCUGAGCUAAGAUCUCUUCUGUGAAGGAGCAAAGCUGCCAGGUGUUGGCAGUUCUGGUUUCCUUAAAUACAUGGCAGCAUUCCAGCCAAAUAA